AUGGCUGAGUAAAGAAACUGUCCUAAAUUAGCUGCUGAUGCUAUAUGCAUUAAGACAAACAAAUAGACCAAUAAGAAACAAAUCUUAUUGAUCACAAGAAAAAAAAAUCCUUCAAUAGGCUGUUUUGCAUUACCUGGAGGUCAUGUAGAAUAUGGAGAAGAUCCUUAAGAAUGUGUAGUUAGAGAGUUAGAAGAAGAAACUAGUAUUUAAGGGAAAAAUGCUAGAUUAUUUACAGUUAGAGGUAAACCUAAUAGAGACCCUAGAUAUCAUGUUGUAACUAUUGUGUACUGGGUGGAUAUUUCUGAUGAUGCAGAACCAAAAGCUGGAGAUGAUGCUGCUACAGCUACUUUUUAUGAUGUUGAUGAAGUAAAAAGUUUUGGGCCUGAAAGAUUUGCUUUUGAUCAUCAUGAUCUUAUUUAAGAAAUACUAAAAUAAGUUUGA